CCCGUGGAUGAGAACGUCCGGCUGCCCAAGGGCAAUGUCCCCAAGAAGCAGCUCUCGGUGGAGCAUAUCUACCAGAAGAAGACGCAGCUGGAGCACAUCCUGCUCCGGCCCGACACCUACAUUGGCUCCGUGGAGCUGGUCACACAGCAAAUGUGGGUUUUUGAUGAGGAUGUGGGUCUCAACUGCAGAGAUGUGACCUUUGUGCCUGGCUUGUACAAAAUCUUUGACGAGAUUUUAGUCAAUGCUGCAGACAACAAGCAAAGGGAUAAGAACAUGUCAUGCAUUAAAGUUACAAUUGAUGUAGAGAACAACACAAUCAGUGUAUGGAACAACGGGAAAGGUAUUCCAGUUGUGGAACACAAAGUGGAGAAGGUCUAUGUGCCCGCUCUCAUCUUUGGACAGCUACUGACAUCCAGCAACUACGAUGACAAUGAAAAGAAAGUCACAG